AUGCGAGAAUUUCUCGCAACUGCUAUACCAGGUUAUAAACCUUUACAUAGGACAACUGUUCGGAAACGUCUUCGUACAUUAUAUAUUGAACAUCGUCGUACACUUCGCAAGGUCUUGCUAAAUGUUUCUGACUUGGCUUUGACUACCGACAUUUGGAAAGAUUCUCGAAAUCGUUUUUAUAUCAGCUUAACAGGACACUUUUAUGAUAAACAACUCAAACUGAUCUCAUUAACACUUGGUUUUCGUUUGCUUCAAGGGCGACAUAUCGCCAAUCGUCUUGCUAAAUAUAUUAAAAACGAAAUUAUGUCUUUAAAUAUUGAAGAAAAAGUACGAUGCAUCAUUACAGAUAAUGCACCAAAUGUCGUUAGUGCUAUACGUAAACUUGGUAUUGGAAUUCAUCACUCCUGCAUGGCUCACAAUUUAAAUCUUGUCAUUAAAUCAACUUUAUUUCCACCUGUGAAAAAAAAGUAA